CGUCCCGCGGCUGGAAAAUGGCGGCUUAGGAGCGGAGUCCCCGCAUCCCAUCCCGGUUCGGCGGCUGCGGUCGCGGGUCCCCAGCGCCUGACGGGCGGAGAGCCUCCCCCCGCGCCAUGACUCGCUGGGUGCCCACCAAGAGGGAGGAGAAAUACGGCGUGGCUUUCUAUAAUUAUGAUGCAAGGGGAGCAGAUGAACUUUCCUUACAAAUAGGUGACACUGUACAUAUAUUAGAAACGUAUGAAGGUUGGUACAGAGGUUACACAUUAAGAAAAAAAUCAAAAAAGGGCAUAUUUCCUGCUUCCUAUAUUCAGCUUAAAGAAGCAAUAGUUGAAGGAAAAGGACAGCAUGAAACAGUCAUACCUAGUGAGCUCCCAUUGAUUCAGGAAGUUACCACAACACUACGAGAGUGGUCCAUAAUAUGGCGGCAACUAUAUGUGCAAGAUAACAGAGACAUGUUCCACAGUGUACGACACAUGAUAUAUGAUCUUAUUGAAUGGAGAUCACAGAUACUCUCUGGAACUCUACCCCAAGAUGAGCUCAAGGAACUGAAAAAGAAAGUGACUGCCAAAAUAGAUUAUGGAAACAGGAUUCUUGAUUUGGAUCUGGUUGUCAGGGAUGAAGAUGGCAACAUUUUAGAUCCAGAACAAACCAGCACAAUCAGCCUUUUUAGAGCUCAUGAAAUAGCUUCCAAGCAAGUUGAGGAAAGACUACUAGAAGAAAAGUCUCAAAAGCAGAACAUUGAUAUUAACAGACAAGCCAAAUUUGCUGCCACGCCUUCGUUUGCUUUAUUUGUAAAUUUAAAAAAUGUAGUCUGCAAAAUAGGAGAAGAUGCUGAAGUCCUGAUGUCUCUGUAUGACCCACUAGAAUCAAAGUUUAUCAGUGAAAACUAUCUAGUUCGAUGGUCAAGCUCUGGGCUGCCUAAAGACAUAGACAGGCUACAUAAUCUUCGAGCUGUGUUCACUGACCUUGGCAGCAAAGAUUUGAAAAGAGAGAAAAUCAGUUUUGUCUGUCAGAUUGUAAGAGUUGGCAGAAUGGAACUAAGAGAUAACAACACAAGAAAACUAACCUCUGGGCUAAGACGACCUUUUGGAGUAGCAGUAAUGGAUGUAACUGACAUAAUUAAUGGGAAAGUUGAUGAUGAGGACAAACAACACUUUAUACCAUUUCAACCGCUAGCAUUGGAUGACGCCAUUCGACACAAGCAGCUGAACAUAUCAUCCCGUUUUUCACCCAGGGUGGCAGGGGAGAAUGAUUUCCUUCAGACUGUUAUAAACAAAGUGAUUGCUGCUAAAGAAGUUAACCACAAGGGUCAGGGUUUAUGGGUGACUUUGAAACUUCUUCCAGGAGAUAUUCAUCAGAUUAGGAAAGAGUUUCCUCACUUGGUGGAUAGGUCCACAGCUGUGGCUCGGAAAAUGGGGUUUCCUGAGAUUAUUAUGCCUGGUGAUGUUCGCAAUGAUAUCUAUGUAACAUUAGUUCAAGGAGAUUUUGACAAAGGCAGCAAAACAACAGCAAAGAAUGUAGAAGUUACAGUAUCUGUUUAUGACGAAGAUGGCAAAAGAUUGGAGAAUGUGAUUUUUCCUGGGGCUGGUGAUGACGCUAUCUCGGAAUACAAGUCAGUGAUCUAUUACCAAGUGAAACAGCCUCGCUGGUUUGAGACUGUCAAGGUUGCUAUUCCUAUUGAAGAUGUGAACCGCAGUCAUUUAAGGUUUACAUUCCGUCACAGAUCAUCACAGGACUCCAAAGAUAAGUCAGAGAAAAUAUUUGCUUUAGCAUUUGUGAAGCUAAUGAGAUACGAUGGAACAACUUUAAGGGAUGGAGAGCAUGAUCUUAUAGUGUACAAGGCAGAAGCGAAGAAGUUGGAGGAUGCCUCAACAUAUUUAAGCUUGCCAUCCACUAAAAUAGAAUUAGAAGAAAAAGGGCAUGCCACAACUGGGAAGAGCAUGCAAAACCUUGGAAGUUGCACCAUCAGCAAAGAUUCUUUCCAGAUUUCUACUCUUGUUUGUUCAACAAAACUCACUCAGAACGUGGAUCUCUUGGGUCUUUUGAAAUGGCGAUCUAACACAAACUUGCUGCAGCAGAAUUUGAGACAGCUGAUGAAAGUUGAUGGUGGUGAAGUGGUUAAGUUCCUACAAGAUACACUGGAUGCACUUUUUAACAUCAUGAUGGAGAAUUCAGAGAGUGAGACGUUUGACACCCUAGUGUUUGAUGCUUUGGUAUUUAUCAUUGGACUGAUUGCUGACAGAAAAUUUCAGCAUUUUAAUCCUGUCUUGGAAACCUAUAUUAAGAAACAUUUCAGUGCUACUUUAGCCUACACAAAGCUGACUAAAGUUUUAAGAAAUUACGUGGAUAAUGCUGAGAAACCUGGCGUAACUGAUCAACUUUUUAAAGCCAUGAAAGCUCUGGAAUACAUCUUCAAAUUUAUCGUACGGUCCAGAAUAUUGUUCAAUCAACUUUAUGAAAACAAAGGAGAAGCAGACUUCAUGGAAUCCUUGCUUCAGCUAUUUAAGUCUAUCAAUGAGAUGAUGAAUAGUGUCUCUGAUCAAACUGUGAUGGUGAAGGGGGCUGCACUUAAAUACUUGCCAACUAUUGUCAAUGAUGUGAAAUUGGUAUUUGAUCCAAAAGAACUUAGCAAGCUGUUUACAGAUUUCAUCCUAAAUGUUCCAACGGGCCGGCUCACAAUUCAGAAGCUGUACUGUUUGAUCGAAAUAGUUCACAGUGACCUCUUCACGCAGCAUGACUGCAGGGAGAUCUUGCUGCCAAUGAUGACAGAUCAGUUGAAGUAUCAUUUGGAAAGGCAGGAAGACUUGGAGGCUUGCUGCCAACUGCUUAGUAACAUCCUCGAAGUCCUUUACAGGAAAGAUGUGGGACCAACACAGCGACAUGUCCAGAUAAUCAUGGAGAAGCUAUUGAGGACAGUAAAUAGAACCGUCAUUUCCAUGGGACGCGAUUCAGAGCUCAUUGGGAACUUCGUUGCAAGCAUGACAGCCAUUUUAAGGCAAAUGGAAGACUAUCAUUAUGCUCAUUUAAUCAAGACUUUUGGAAAGAUGAGGUCAGAUGUUGUGGACUUUCUGAUGGAAACAUUCAUCAUGUUCAAGAAUCUCAUUGGGAAGAAUGUCUAUCCCUUCGACUGGGUUAUAAUGAACAUGAUGCAGAAUAAAGUCUUCUUGCGAGCAAUUAAUCAGUAUGCAGAUAUGCUAAACAAAAAAUUUCUUGACCAAGCCAACUUUGAGUUACAGCUUUGGAACAACUACUUCCACCUGGCUGUUGCUUUUCUUACACAAGAAUCUCUACAACUGGAGAAUUUUUCAAGUGCUAAAAGAGCCAAAAUACUUAACAAGUAUGGUGACAUGAGGAGGCAAAUUGGUUUUGAGAUCAGAGACAUGUGGUAUAACCUAGGUCAACAUAAGAUCAAAUUCAUUCCAGAAAUGGUUGGGCCUAUGUUGGAAAUGACACUGAUUCCUGAAACUGAGCUUCGGAAAGCUACGAUCCCAAUAUUCUUUGACAUGAUGCAGUGCGAAUUUCAUUCUACCAGAAGCUUCCAAAUGUUUGAAAAUGAGAUCAUCACAAAACUGGAUCAUGAAGUGGAAGGAGGCAGAGGCGAUGAACAGUACAAAGUGUUAUUUGACAAAAUACUCUUGGAGCACUGCAGAAAACACAAAUAUCUUGCUAAAAAUGGAGAAACUUUUGUCAAACUUGUUGUCCGUCUGAUGGAAAGACUGCUAGAUUACAGAACUAUAAUGCACGAUGAAAACAAAGAAAAUCGCAUGAGCUGCACUGUCAAUGUACUGAAUUUCUACAAAGAAAUUGAAAGAGAAGAAAUGUACAUAAGGUAUUUGUACAAGCUAUGUGACCUGCACAAAGAGUGUGAUAACUACACUGAAGCUGCCUACACAUUACUUCUGCACGCAAAGCUUCUUAAGUGGUCAGAAGAGGCUUGUGCAGCGCAUCUUACUCAGCGAGAUGGAUACCAGGCAACUACUCAAGGACAACUUAAAGAUCAGCUGUAUCAAGAAAUUAUCCAUUACUUUGACAAGGGCAAGAUGUGGGAAGAGGCCAUUGCCUUGGGCAAAGAACUGGCAGAACAGUAUGAAAAUGAAAUGUUUGAUUAUGAACAACUCAGUGAACUGCUGAAAAAGCAAGCACAGUUCUAUGAAAACAUUGUGAAAGUGAUAAGACCUAAACCAGAUUACUUUGCUGUUGGAUACUAUGGCCAAGGAUUCCCUACAUUUCUACGGAACAAAGUGUUCAUUUACCGGGGGAAGGAAUAUGAACGUCGUGAAGACUUUGAAGCAAGGUUAUUAACCCAAUUUCCAAAUGCCGAAAAAAUGAAGACAACAUCUCCACCAGGCGAUGAUAUUAAAAACUCCCCUGGUCAGUAUAUUCAGUGUUUUACUGUAAAACCCAAACUUAAUUUACCACCCAAAUUUCACAAGCCGGUAUCAGAGCAAAUUGUAAGUUUCUAUAGGGUGAAUGAGGUCCAAAGAUUUGAGUAUUCACGGCCUGUCCGAAAAGGAGAGAAAAACCCAGAUAAUGAAUUUGCGAAUAUGUGGAUUGAGAGAACCAUCUAUGUGACAGCAUAUAAAUUACCAGGGAUUUUAAGAUGGUUUGAAGUCAAAUCAGUUUUCAUGGUUGAAAUCAGUCCACUGGAAAAUGCAAUAGAAACUAUGCAGUUAACAAAUGAUAAGAUCAAUAAUAUGGUUCAACAACAUUUGAAUGAUGCAGACCUACCUAUUAACCCCCUCUCUAUGCUACUUAAUGGCAUUGUGGAUCCUGCAGUCAUGGGAGGAUUCACAAACUAUGAAAAGGCUUUUUUUACUGAAAAAUACAUGCAUGAGCACCCAGAAGAUCACGAAAAGAUAGAAAAACUAAAGGACCUCAUAGCAUGGCAGAUUCCAUUCCUGGCAGAAGGUAUUCGAAUUCAUGGAGAGAAAGUAACUGAAGCACUAAGGCCAUUUCAUGAGAGAAUGGAGGCCUGUUUUAAACAGCUUAAAGAAAAAGUGGAAAAGCAAUACGGUAUCAGAACAAUUCCCUCAAGUUUGGAUGAUAGACGAGGCAGUCGGCCAAGGUCUAUGGUUAGAUCAUUCACAAUGCCUUCAUCUUCAAGACCGUUAUCUGUUGCAUCAGUAUCAUCUGUCUCAUCGGACAGUACUCCUUCCAGACCUGGCUCUGAUGGGUUUGUGCUUGAACCUCUUCUGCCAAAAAAGAUGCAUUCUAGGUCUCAAGAUAAGUUGGACAAGGAUGACCUAGAUAAAGAUAAGAAGGAGAAGAAGAAGGAAAAAAGGAACAGCAAACACCAAGAGAUAUUUGAUAAAGAGUUGAAAUCUACAGAUAUUUCUCUGCAACAAUCUGAAGCAGUGAUCCUUUCAGAAACGAUCAGUCCACUGAGACCACAGAGACCAAAGAGCCAAGUUAUCAAUGUCAUUGCAAGUGAAAGACGUUUUUCUGUCUCUCCGUCAUCUCCAGCUUCUCAGUCAACACCACCUCCAAUCACUCCAAGGACCAAACUUCCUUUCAAUUUACAGUCCAAUCUGGAGCUGAAUGGUAUCUCUAGUUUGGAAAUGGCAGACAUUCCUCCUCCUCUGCCUCUCAAAGGUAACAUGGCAGACUAUGGAAAUCUCAUGGAAAAUCAAGAAUUGAUUAGCCCUACAACACCCCCCGCUGCACAUCAAAGGCACCUACCACCUCCAUUACCCAGCAAAACUCCACCACCGCCUCCUCCAAAGACAACUCGAAAGCAAACAUCUGUUGACUCUGGGAUUGUCCAGUGAACAAGAAAGCAUUUCUCCAAAGAUGAAGCUGUAAUAUUUCAUUUCCCUGAAUAUUUUAAGGUAUAUAACAGUUACCUCAUUCACACCUGUAGUGUCUAACGUUUAGUGAAGUGAUUCUAACUCUGAACGGAACUCAUUUGUAACAUGAAAACAGUUUUCUAAAGAGAUCAUGUCACUGGAAUAAAGCUGUCACAGGAUAAUGGUGACCCAUUUUUUGGGAGGAGCUUGCAACCUAUUUCAAAGCAAGGGGGCAUUUGUCAACUGACAAUACACUACUCUCAAUUCCAGAACAUUUUGCUUUGUCAUACCAAACUACUUAACAGAAAAUAGAAAUGGAUACUGGUGUGUAAAAAUGACAGUUGACCACUAUGGGCCUGAUCUCAACACCUGUGGAAGUCAGUGAGAAUACUCACAUUGAUUUCAGUGGGCAUUGGAUUGGGCCUAAUAACAAUACUAAGAAGCAGCAUUAUGAUAGCUUCAAAUAACAAAUAUAUUCAGUGCAUUACACAUUCAGAAACCUGAUUUUCCCAUAGCUUUUUUAAUUGUUCUGUGUUAUAAAUAAGCUGAUUUCUGAUGAGCUUUUUUAAAACUUUCAUGAAUGGUUGGCUGCUCCUCCUGUCUGAUACCAUUUUAAAUUAAGGUAACUUUUUAGCUACUAAACAGGCACUAAUUUAUAGGAAAAGAAACCAAAUAUACAAAUAUGGGACCUGAUGUGAUUCUACAACCGAACAGUUGAACAUAAGAACAGGAAGAGCUUUUUUUAUACUGUGUAAUAUUUUAGGUGGAUUAGGACAAAUUGAAUGUUAUCUUUUUGUCCCUGUGUCAUCGUUCUGUACAGAAGUUUAUAUAUAUGAUGGUUCUUAGAAUGUUUUUAAUUUUUGCUGCCUGCUUUUCAUAUAAUAAUGAUUUAAUGUAUCUGCAAAUGAUUCCUUAUGUGUUUUUAAUUGUAACUGCUGGAAGUGUAUAAAUAGCUAACUUUUUUUUUUUUUUUUUUCCAAAUUUGGCAUCUGAAAAUAUUGGACAAUGAUAAGGGAAAAGAAAAGGAAAGUAACUCUUUUUUUUUUAUUCCUCUGUGUUUUUAUUGCCCUCACACUAUAUAUUUUUUACUAUCUACAAUCUUUAUAAUCUUACAGUAGAUUGUUUUAAAUACAUCGCUGACUCAAAAAAUUAAGGAUCAUUUUUUAAAAAAAGGUUUGUCUAAGAAAAUAAAUGUAUUUACUUUAUAUAUUUUUCAUCCUUUUUAUGGAAGUGUUAUUAAUUUCAGGAGCUGCUUUAUUAAAUGUCUGUACUUUUAAUUUUCUGAAAUGCAGAUUUAUAACAAGAAAAAUUUGAAACUGCCUCUGAUAAAUUCCACAUUCUUACCCUAUUAUUUUAUAAUAGUUACAUGACGUGUUUAUGAUGCAUAUAUGUAGUGUUGAAAUAAAUAAGAAUUUCAACACUAUGAGGGUGCAUCUUUUAUAUGCUAUUCACAUUGCAAUUGACAGUCUAUUUCAAUUUUAAAGCCAAUGUUGUAUAAACAGCACAUAAAAUAGCUUAGUUUUGCAUGGCGCUUUAAUGCUUACUUGAUGCCAACCAGAUAAAAAUAAAAGGCAGAGACAUGACUUACGGAGCAGUAAAGCAACAACUUCGUUAAAUAUACAGAUAGUCUUUGUCAGCUCAGUUGGUCAGAUAAAUAUGCAAAUUAUUUUGCCUUGAAGCACCACAUAGCUUUGGAUCACAACCAAGCACUUUUUGUUACAACAGAGAGAGAACAUGCCACCUGACCAAAAUUUCUCCAUACAACUGAACUUCUUAUACACAAGUUACAAGUGGUCCUUCAAUUCCAGUUUACUAUUUUUUUUAUUAAUAUAACCUUUGAUCCAAAGGGUUGAAGCAGAAAAGGAUUUCAGGCUACAGUCAAUCAGAAAAGUGUUUUUUUAGGUAAUGACGAAUUUAAAUUGCAGUAUGGUUGUAGGAAGAGAGUUUUGAAUUGAAGAUUUUGUUGUUGUUGUUGUUCCUGCUCUUGUUUUAAGUAACGGUGCUGAAAUCGCAUUGUGUGUGGUAAUUUUUCCAGUCAUUUUAAUUUCACUUAAUUUCAGUUAAGAGCUGGCCUCAGAGGGCCAAAUUUUCAUCUGGACCUUAACACAGUCUCUACUUGUGCACACAUGAAAUUGCAUACAUGGGCCUGUGCAUACUUUUUGCAGGGGCAAACACUUGCACAUGGCUUUUGCAAAUUCUAACUUUUGUGCGAAUGUUAGAAUUUGGUCCUGCAAGACUGUUUAGGACAAGUAAAAUUUGCAACAUUUGCAUGUGUUCUUAUAUAUGUACACACAGUUUUGCAGACACACUGGUGUAGCCUGAAAAUCAGGCUCUUAGGUUCACUUUGAGACCCAGAUUGCUCACUGUAUUUAUUACCCAGCAGUUUCUAGUAACUUGUACAGUGACUCCUCACUUAACUUUGUAGUUAUGUUCCUGAAAAAUGCAACUUUAAGCGAAUCCAAUUUCCCCAUAAGAAUUGAUGUAAAUAGGAGGGGUUAGGUUCCAAACAAAAGGCAUUAUAUCCAUUUUAAACAAUUUUAAACAAGCAAUUUAAUACAGGUAUAAGAGGGGCGGGGUGCAUGUGCUGUGUAUUUACAAACAUGCUGUACAUACCAUACAGUACUAUAGUUGGGAGGUGCCCCACCUUACCCCACACAGGCACAGCCCAUUGGCACUGCAGACAAUGAAGCAGGCGAGGAGGUUGAAGGUGCCGUAGGCUCGGAGAAGCAUGUUGUGCAGCGGCAGCUUCACCUACUGUGCAAGCACAGGCACUGACUUUGCCACGGGCGAGGGGUGUGCUCAACCCUCCCACUCCACUCCUUCCUCCAUGCCUCCAACCUUAACCCACCUCCUCUCCCCCCUUCCACUGCCUCCCCCUUUACUCUGGACGCUGUAUCCUCGCUCCUCCUCCCUCCUCCCAGCCUCCUGAAUGCCAUAAACCAGCUGAUUGCAACAGGCAGGAGGCAAGGGAGGGAGGGGGGAGGAGCAAGGAUGCAGCGCGCAGCCUCCCCUCUCCCUCCCCUGCCUCCUGCUCAUGGAAAUCCAGCUGAUUGCCGCAGGCAGGAGGUGUGGGGAGCAGGGGAAAGGCACUGAUCCGCGGGGUCCACCAGCGGGUGGGAGGCGCUGGGGGGGGGCAUAGAGGAGCUGAUAGGAGAGCUGCCAGCCAUGGAUAAAGCAGGCAGCCAAACAACAUUACAGCGGAGAAUUGCACAACUUUAAACGAGCAUGUUCUGUAAUGGAGCAGGGACGUUACAUCAAAACAAUGUUAAGUGAGAGGACAUUAAGUGGGGAGUUACUGUACAAAACCCAGCCACCAAGAAUCCCUCUCUUCACCACAGCUAUUGCUGGCAAGCCACAUUGCACCAAGCCCAGGAACUAAUCCAACAACAACCUUCUUACCCAUUGAUCACGCUGGUAGGAUUGUCAUUUUUCCAGCAAGAUAAACUCUUGCUUCACACUCUAGUGAUGUUGCAUCAAAAUAUCCAAAUGCAAUGUGAGGAUACUAUAUUUAAAAAAAAAAAAUUGCAGCAUUUUGUAGUAUCAAGAGCAGAAUGACAUUUUGCAGGCCCCAGAAUUGAUUUCAGGGCCUGUGAGCAUCCUUCAAGCUCUCUUUGCAAGAUGUAGACUCACACUAAUAAAACCAAGUUGAUCCUAAAACUAUUGGGACAGGUGACAGCCCUCUUGGCCUCACAGACAAGACCUGCCAAAGGGUGUCACUGUUAGUCACACUCUAGAGUUCAGUUGGUUACUGCUCUUGCCAGUUCCAGCUAUCAGGCUCCAAACACGAUCUUUUCACCUUUCCUGCCUGGCUGUGGUCCCCAGUAUUUUUGCUGUGAGCUACAUUCAACUCAUACGCGAAAGCUAGUGAUACAUUUAGCUGGUUCCCUAUAUUUAUAAGUGCAGAAUGAUAUUAUCGGGAGAUGGCUUAUCACAACAUGUUCAUCACUCAUGCAGUUUGAUUGUUGUCUCUUAAACUACAAAGAUUAAAACAUCCUUGUCUAAAAUGAAGGUACUUAGUUCCUCCGUGGACCCAAUAUUUCAGACUUUGUGCGUAUAAGCCUGAGUUGCAAGCAGCUAUUGAAACCAACAGAAGUAUUGCAUCCUCCAAGACUGCAAAAUCAGCCAUUGGUAUACACUCAGUAAAAAAGGAGUCAUAAUACCGUAACUGGUUUGUUACACGAAUCUGCCAAAGCAAAGAAAUAUUCAUGUAGGAGUCCAAAACGUAGGCAAUCCAAGAAUGGCCUUCAUGAUGUUGAAUGAACAGCUCGCAGUCUCUAGUUAUUGAAUGUUUUCUCAAGGAUUUCCUGUAUAGGAAGGAAAUUUAAGUUAUUAUUUCUUUGUCGUUUACCUUGAGAUAUAAAGGGCAGUUUUCAUUUAUGUAUUUCUGUCAUAUUGAACCCAGACACCCCCAGUCAUUGUACCUAAAAAUUUGGAUGUUGGCUGGUUGAGCAAUGCCAACAGAGACUGCUCCCUUCGAGUUCAAAAAGUAGUGACCCUGAAAAAGAUUUUUUUUUGAUGGAGGGUUGGAUAAUCAGCUGAACGUGAGCGCCCAGUGCAAUGCUGUCUCCAUAAAGAAUAAUACAAUCCUUAGACGCAUAAACAGGGGAAUCUCAAGCAGGAGUGGAGUGGGUAUUUUAUCACUGUAGUUGAUAUUGGUAGUUCUGCUGCUGGAAUAAUGGAUCCAGUUCUGGUUUCCACAGUUCAAGAAAGAUGUUAAUAAAUUUAAGAGGGUUCCGAGAAGACCCAUGAGAAUGAUUAAUGGAUUAGAAAACUUGCCUUAUAUUAAUUGACUGUUAAGCUAAAUAGAUUGAGCUUCUUAAGAGAAGGUUAUUGAGUGACUUGAAUCUAUAAGUACCUACAUGGGGAACAAAUAUUUCAACCUAGCUUUUCAAUCUAGCAGAGAAAGGUAUAACACAAUGGCUGGAAAUUGAAGUUAGACAAAUUCAGAUUGGAAAAAAAAGCAUUUUUUAACAUGGAGUAACUGUUGGAACAAUUGCCAUGGGUCAUGGUGGAUUUUCCAUCACAGGCAAUUUUUAAAUCAAGAAUCGAUAUUUUUAAAAAAUAUAUGUUCUAGGAAUUUGGGGGGGGGAAUUUUAUUGUCUGUGUUUAUAUAGGUGGUCAGACUAAAUAAUCACAAUGGUCCCAUCUGGUUUUGGAAUCUAUGAAUAGUAGGCCAGAAGUAUUUUUAAUCAAAUUUGUUUCAAAGAGUUACUCCAAGCCAAUUUUCAGCCAUAAUAACCAAUUUUUUUAGGAUUGAGUUAUAACUACUGAAAAUGCCUCUGGUGAUUGUGAGGUCACAAAUGCUAUGUAUAAGAAUAAUAAAGUAAGAAAAAUCAGUGUUGCAUUAACGCAUGAAAUAUUCUUCAUAAUGUAUAAUGUAAGUACACAGUAUGUCUGUGUUGACUUUUUGUGUAGAGAGAGCCAAAGGAGGAGCUUGUAGUAGAUGAUGUUAGUGAGAAACUUAGAGGUCCUGAUCCUGUUCCCAUUAAAGGUAACGAUUAAACACGGAUUGCCUUCAAUAGGAGCAGGAUUAAAAACAAAAUCUAGGUUGGGUGCAAGUUUUAUUGAUGUUUUUCCAUAUUAAACUAUUUCAGUAUCAGGUUAAAGAAGAUUCCACCAUAUUUUGCUUCAUACAAUGUAUGUUCCCAAAAAUUUUAUGGCCUUGUGUGGGAUUGUACUGCCCAAGAAACUUAGUGCAAUUGUGAAGGAAGCUGUCCGUUAUGAUGAAUAUACAUGAUCAACUGUUUUUAACCAAAGUUCCCAUAGUUACAUUAGUCAUUCAUUCUUAAUAUAAGUGUUUGAUGCAAUCUGAUGAAAUAACUAUAAAUAAAGGUUUUAUAAAGAUUACAAUUCAGUAUUUAAAUCUGCUUGGACAAGUUUUAAUAAACAUAUGGAAUUCUG